AUGACGCUCAAGGAGCAGCAAAACUGGCCCCAGGAAUUCUGGCUCCGCGCGAAUGCCUGGGUCGCUGAGCUCGCGUCGGUGGCCAACUGCGCCUCCGUGGCGACGCGCUCCGGCCACGAGCGACGUGCCAAUCUGCACUUUGAGCUCGCUUGGCAGCCGCCGAGUGCGAGAGGAAUUCAAACGGCCGAGCCGGCCAGGCAGCCAGCCGACUUCCCGCACCGAUCAGCGCACGUGCGGCCGCGCGUGUACGGGGCGUACACGCGCGGCCGCACAUGCUCCGCCUCGACGGCCGCCUCGCGCUCGCUCGAGGGAGGAAGUUCGAGCGCGACCGCCGCGGAGCCAGGGCAGCGCGGCCGGGGCUGGGACCGUGAGCGGCGAUCGCGCUCCGAGUCGCCCAGCGACGGCAAGGCAGGACGACGAGGCGCGACGGCCGUUGAGCGGAGGCUGGCGAGCAAAAAGAGGCGCCUCCGCGCGCCUCAUUUUGAGUAA